AUGAACAUUUUCAAGAAGAAGACUACUCCCAAAGAUGCUCUCCGCACCAGUAAGAAAGAAAUGGCUGUAGCUACAAGAGGUAUUGAACGCGAGAUAGCAUCUCUUCAAUUGGAGGAGAAGAGGCUUGUGGCAGAAAUCAAGAAAACUGCUAAGAUUGGAAAUGAGGCGGCCACCAAGAUCUUAGCUCGACAACUUGUUCGGUUGAGGCAACAGAUCACCAAUUUGCAGGGAAGCCGUGCUCAAAUACGGGGUGUCACAACUCAUACGCAGGCAUUGUAUGCAAGCACCUCAAUUUCAUCUGGCAUGAAAGGUGCAACCAAAGCUAUGGUUGCAAUGAACAAGAUAGAGAUGAUGUCAGAUGCAAUCGAUGAAACACUGGACAAAGAUGAAGCUGAGGAAGAAACAGAAGAUCUCACUAACCAGGUUCUCGAUGAGAUCGGUGUUGGUGUUGCAUCUCAGUUAUCUUCAGCUCCAAAGGGCCGGAUCGCAACAAAAACCGCUGCUCCUGCUCCAACCGUCACCGCCAACAACAACAACUCGGGAUCUACUGAAGUGGAUGAGCUAGAGAGGAGAUUGGCUUCGCUACGACGAAUCUGA